AUGCGUGCCUGGCUGGGACAGAUUGUCCUGGUCACCAUGUUCUCCACUUCAUCCCGGUCUUCUCCAGCCUCCGUUCCAGCUGUGGCCCCAGGCGGCUUUUUUGACCCAUGGAAGGAUUAUCUGAAGCUCUCCAAAGUGGUGAUGGAGAUUGUUGAGGAGCGGAAGGCACCAGGAGGGUUCUCUCCUCCUUGGGGAGACCCCUUGAAUGUCAUCGUUCUACAUUGGGUGAAUGGAGGCGACAACAGCAAGACCCGCAGCCCCAAGACCCACGGCAGCCAUGGAGGGGACCUCCCGCCCACUCAACCAACCCAACAAGGCAUUUGCAACUUUUGCAAGCACAACGGAGAGUCCAAGAAGGUCUAUUCUUCCCACACCUUGAAGAGAUCCGAUGGGGUGGUGGUUUGCCCCAUUCUGCGCAAUUACAUCUGCCCGCUUUGUGGGGCCACCGCCGAGAAGGCCCACACGCUGAAGUACUGCCCCCAUAAUAAGGGGAAGCAGUCCUUGUACCGCCGAAGUGGGCGCAACUCGGCCGGACGCAUGAUCAAGAGAUAA